AACCGCAUCAUCACGAUCAAUUCUGCGACUCGCAAGUCGCUCCGACCUCUCCUGCCCCUUCCAUUCGCUUCGCUACCUUUAGUUGUAUCUGUUUCUCUUUUCGUUCCCGACGACUUCUUUCUGGCUCAGCAUUCGCGGCAGUGGCCCCAUCCACGUUUCGACCUGUCCUCUCUUUCAGUGCGAAUCCCUCCGCCGAAACCUGGGAGCCGGCCUCCUCCACAUCGUCUUGCUCGCGACUCCAGGACCAGACGUGCCACCCGCACAAAGUGCUUCGACCCAGAGAGACAAACCAACCCGGUCGACCACUUGCCCUUUGGGAACCAAGUCUUUCACAUUCACGACUGUCCAUAUUUGUUUUUCCAUCUUCUACGACAUCGUCUCGCUGUGCGGUCGAACUUCACCAGAUACUGCUCUGGUCACGGUCUUUACCCCGACGUCCACCGAACGCCAUACCAUCUCGCCAAACCGCUUCACUCGAGACGCCGGCCGUCUUUCUUCGCACCGUCACCGCCAACAAUCUCCUACGAACAUCAGCCGAUAUCUGUACACCCACACAGUCCUCGAGACCGCCAGCAACAUGGUCAACAAGAUCCUCGCGACCUUCGUGGUCGCCGAUGUGCUUUUCCUGAUCACCGGAGCCGUCACCUUGGGCUUCUCCCUCAUUGCCCGCAACAACAUGUUUGAGCAGCCGGACGAAGGCCAACAGGCUGCGAGAAACUUGAUCUAUCAAAAAUUCCCGUUCGAAGCUGGUAUCGCCAAUGCAGCCUUUAUCUUCAUCACCUUUGUGAUGACACUGCCCGGCAUCAUCACUCCGACCCGUGGCUGGCUCAAAUUGGCUGCCUACCUCAUCACUUUUUGCGCCCUCUUCUCCCUUUGCGUGGGUGUCUACCUCUGGGUCCUGACCCUCACCACCCAGUUUGACUUCUUCGCCAUUUGGAUCGCCCAGGAACCCGGCGUUCAGAAUCUCAUGCAGACAUCGUUCAACUGUUGCGGAUACUUCAACAGCAGUUCUCCUGCCUUUGUCACCAACGAUCUUUGCAGCUCCCCAGCCGCUGCCGCUCUUCAACGCGGCUGCAGUGGUCCCGUCACCUCGUACUCCAACAUACUCAUCGACGGCAUCUUCACUGCUGUCUUCGGCAUGGUCGGUGUUGACGCGCUUCUGAUUAUCUGCCUUGCUGUGCUACUGGAGGACCGCAAGGAGCGCGAGCGCUUCCGCCACAUCGAUGAGAAGAGCGGAUACCGCAGCCUCUAGACGACCGUAAAGCCGAUCUCCCAUCUUGGGACUUUGUCAACUUCUCCCGAUGCAGCCAAGGCGUGUUUGCCUCGGAUUGAUUUUAGAUAUUUCACUCUCUCGCAUCAGCUGACUGCUGGGUUUCCUUUUCUGGGUUCAAAGCGGAAGACAGGCUGGGACGUGUCUCCUCGUUUUACCCUGCCAUAAAGCGCAUAUAGCUUCCUGUCACGAGGCAGGUUCUCGAUCAGAGGCAUGGGUCACACUGGGAAGGGUCCUGCUUGCCUGCCACGGGCCAAGUAUAUCAACGCGAGUCCGUGACAAUCAUGUUGCUGGGUCUUGUCUUACUUGUCGCUUGUAUUUUCUUUGUAUGCAUCUUUUGGCCUACGUUACCCCGAGCCACUGUGUUUAAACAAGGAUGCGAAAGAGGCUGAAAUGUAUUCACGAUUUUGAACGACUCG